UGUCCAACACUUCUAAAGGUUCAACCACAGAUUUCAAAAUUUUCCACCGCAGAAGUAGCUUUGGACAACGGCACUGCAGUUGGCAUCCGUCAUGCACCAUUACAGACUUUCACCGAAGAAGAGCUGAUAAUGAAAGAAACAGUUGCUAAGUUCGCUCAGGAACGAAUAGCUCCACUGGUUCGCAAAAUGGACGAAGAGUCGCGCAUGGAUGAAUCAGUUCUUGCGGGAUUGUUUGAACAAGGGUUGAUGGGAAUUGAGAUUGAAGAACAGUAUGGUGGACCAGAAUCAAGCUUCUUUUCCUCUAUCCUUGUCAUAGAAGAGUUGGCCAAAGUGGACCCAUCAGUUGCAGUUGUAUGCGACAUACAGAACACCCUCAUCAACACAUUAUUGAGGAAAUGUGGGACUGAGGAUCAAAAAAGAAUGUAUCUACCUCGACUAGCUACAGACAUGGUUGGCAGUUUCUGUCUGUCUGAAGUUGAGUCUGGAAGUGAUGCAUUCUCUUUGAAAACUGGUGCUGAAAAGCAUAAAGAUUAUUAUGUCCUGAAUGGCUCUAAAAUGUGGAUUAGUAACGCUGAUUAUGCUGGAAUAUUUCUUGUUAUGGCAAAUGCUAACUUCUCUGCUGGUUACAGAGGGAUCACAUGCUUCAUUGUAGACAAAGACACUGAAGGCCUGCAAGUGGGAAAAAAAGAAGAUAAACUUGGAAUUCGUGCAUCAUCUACUUGUGCAGUCAACUUUGAUAAUGUAAAGGUUCCGGAGAGUAAUAUUCUGGGACAGCAGGGACAAGGGUACAAAUAUGCCAUUGGAAUGCUAAAUGAAGGCAGGAUUGGGAUUGCCGCACAGAUGCUUGGGUUGGCACAGGGAUGCUUUGAUAGCACUAUUCCUUAUUUGAAGCAGCGAGUUCAAUUUGGAAAAAGAAUUUAUGAUUUCCAGGGUAUGCAACACCAGAUUUCUCAGAUUGCAACCCAGUUGGAAGCUGCACGGCUCCUUACUUACAAUGCUGCUCGACUGAAAGAAGCAGGGAAACCCUUUAUUAAAGAAGCCUCCAUGGCAAAAUACUUCACUUCUGAGUUUUAAAUAUGAGAAACAAAGAGAAUGUUGGAUCUCCAAAGCUGCUUCACGAUAUACCAAUCCGACUUUAUAACAUGGAGCUUGAAUAAUGUUGAGAAAAGUGGAGUGUGUGGUACUGGAAAAGCACAGCCUCAUUCCUGAUGAAGGAUUUAUACCCAAAACGUCGAUUCUCCUGCUCCUCAGAUGCUGCCUGACCUGCAGUGUUUUUCCAGCACCACACUCUCGACUCUGAUCUCCAGCAUCUGCAGUCCUCACUUUCUCCUAAUGUUGAGAUGAGGUUGGAUAACGUUUCUUUAGCUGAAGGUGAGAUGGGAAUAAAAUCACAAAGGACAUCAGAUUGUAACCAUGCUGCAGUGGUAAUUGAAAGGGCAGCAUCAAUAGAGAGCCUGACAUUAAGUGCUUGUGAAGCUUAAUGAGAGAAAAUAAGGUGUGGAAAAUAACAAUUUUACUAGGUAAGUGUGUGAAGAAUUACAUAUACCAUAUGUAUAAUCUGAAUUUUUCCAAAAGUGACAAGAGUUACUUCCCUAUUAAUAUUUACUUCUUAUAGGUGGCAGCCUUGACCACUUCCAAAUGUAUUGAGUGGAUGGGAGGAGUUGGCUUCACCAAAGACUAUCCUAUAGAAAAAUACUAUCGUGAUUGUAAAAUAG